AUGGUUACAAGUGAUGCUGGAAAAUUUUACUUAAAAGUUGAAAAAGGACGAAAGCCUCGCAUACAAUUAUUCGAAGAAUCACGUAAUGCACAAGUGACAAUACCAUAUGAUCAAUCAACGAAAUGGCCACCAAUACGUGUACAAAUGAGCGGUGGUAUAACAAUUGUUGUUCAGCGAUUGGAACAGCAAUAUAAAAUUACUGUUCAACAUGUUAUGGAACGCAAACCGGAUAUAUGUGUUUAUGUUAAUGCUCUAACACAUGAACGUGAUAUCCGAACGUGUGUUCGUGAUAUCAAUACGCAACUAAGUCAUAUUGGUGUUGCAGGCCCCAAUCUCGAGGUAACCGGUCGCAUCAAAGCCAUUAAAGUAACAUUUGAAUCAACGGUUGGAGCAUUGCAUACUAAUUCGAAAUUAUCCGCUCGUAGUGUUAUCCUCAAAGCUCAGCAUAUUUUUAUCAAACCGGAAGCUUUGUUCGCAUGUUCAAAAUUACGGAUGGUAUCACGACGUGUUCAGAUUGAUGGUCGAAUUUGUUGCUUGGACCAAAUGCCAUCCAAAAUGUCUGUAUUUAUUGAUUCUGCAUUGUUACAUAUCGGCGUUGAUGGUACAAUCGGUACGACACGUUCAUCUACCGAUAAAUCCAUGCCUAAAUUAUCGGAAAAUCUUGUAAGUGUGCUUUAUUUCCGUCUAACCGGCUGCUUGGCCAAUUUUGGUUCUAUCGCUUCCCAGAAUGAAAUGGAAUUGCAUAUAGAUGGAAGUGUCUUAUCACUACAAGAUAGCCGAAUUGAUAGCGCUCCCAGAGGAUAUGCAGCUUUAAAACAAAUCAAAGGUAUCAGCAGUGAAACAUCCGAUUCAUUACCAACAAGUCGUACUCUUAGUUCAGCAAUUUUAUACGAAAAACCAGAUACUGUCGCUCAGUUACUGGAAGAUGGCGUGGAUUUAAAUGAUUCUAUUAAGAUGAAUAAUGCGGAUGAUGAUACGCCAAGAAAGAUAGCUGUUAGAAAAUAUAAAGCUAUACAAGCAUCAGAAAGACGUAAUAAAAUGCGUGAAAAGAUAACUCUAAUCCAAGCUCUUAUCAGUACGCAUGAUUGGAAACGUGGAAUUAUCACUUCUAAUAAUGUUAAUGCUAAGAUUGAAAGAGAUUGUGAUGACUGCGCACAGUUUCGAAGUAGUACAUUAGUGUUGACAGUUUAUGGGAAUGCAAAAUGUGAAGCAAAAUCAAUUUGGACCAGUGGUUCGGUUAUGGUAACGGUGGGGCAUGAUUUGAUUAUCGAAGGGCAGGUCAAGCAUGUGAAUUUGGAUGUAUCAUGUGGAGGUAAUAUGGCCACUACUGAAGAAGCCAUAAUUAGCCAAGAGCAAUGGGUUAAGAUAGUUUCUUCAGCGUUUUGUGUUUCGGGAAUUUGGUCAGUGGGUGAGCAGUUUAGUUUAGAUGUUAAAUCGGCUACAUUCUUAGAAGAAUCAUAUAUAGAAGUUGAUUUUUUUGAAGGAACAAUCAGUGAAUGUUGUUACAAUUCCGGAACUUGGCAAACUCGUUUCAUAUCAUUAGUAAUCCGAGGUGAUUUAUUUACUUUGCAUACCGGGAAAGUGUUCGUUGAGGAAACAACAAUUAUUGAAGCGCUAUCAUUUAAUAAUUGUGGCUUAUGGAAAGUUAAAGAAGCAAUUAAAAUUAUCCUUAAGGGAUCAGCAAAUUUUUAUGCUUCGUCAAAAUUUAGCGCUAAUUUGUUAAAACUAAUAGCUGAAGGACAAUAUACUAUUGCUGGGCAUUUGUCAUUGGAGAAUUUAUUAGCCUAUGUUCGUAAUGAUAUGAUAACUGCACCUGGUGCACGAGUCAAUAUAACGGUAGGCGCAACUGUCGCAGUGGGAACAUUUCGGAAUGAUUCUUCAUGGUAUCUUGAUGGAAAUUUACAUUUGCAUGUUGCAUGUUUAGAGCAGUCGGAAGAUGCUCUUAUUUUUGUGAAAGAUACUUUUACGAUGACAAUUUAUGACCUGUCAGAAGAGCGUUGCCAAGGACGAAUUGUCGCCGAUUACUUGAUUAUGAAUUUGGCGAAAAGAGUUCGUUUUGAUGGUUAUAUUCGAGUAAAUCAAAUCGAAAUUUGCGUACCACAUGUGAAUGAAUCAAGGCUAACAGUGGGUGGACAGCUGGAAAUACUCGAUGGGCCACUAAUUCUGAAAGGGCGAAGUUCCGAAGAUUCCGAAAUUCCUUCAUCUUUACCAUCGUCAGCAAUAUCAUCUAUUGCAAUGCAUACAUAUCCAGCAUUUAUUCUAGAAGGGCAAUUAAAAGCCGAAGCUGUUAUAGCACCUUUUCUAGCUAUUCUGUUCUCGACAUCAUCUUAUUCUUUGCUUUCUGGAAUGGACUCUGUAUCAAAGGAUGCUACAUAUCGCACUCUAAUAUCAUGCAAUUCGUUGCAUACCCAGCGGACAUCGUUAAUCGAUUCCAUUCCUGAGGGUUUGUUUCCGGAAGGCGUCUUAUGUGCUACAACAUGGCUUCAUGAGGGACAAAUUCGAUUUAAUGGUGAAAAAGUAUAUAUUAUCACUGGUGGAUUAAUCAAUCGUGGUCGGUUAACCAGUGGUAAUAAAUUACAGAAUCAUAUGCGUGAAGUAAUUGUAGUGGUAGAGAAUUUCUUCCGGAAUGAUGCCGUGUUUUCAGCCGAUUGCAUUGAAAUUCAUGGAAAUGGCGAAUUGCAAAAUACAAAUCGUAUUUUUGCCAAUGAUGAAAUGAAUAUACGAUUGGCAAAUUUCCAAAGCGUAUUUGGGCAGACACAUUUGGAAGGUAUUCAACCGAAAUUGCUAUCAGCAAGUAAUGAAUGUACCCAUAUGGAAGGUCAUAUUGAAGCUAGUGGAAAUUUCGACAUUUCAGCAUCGAAAGCUUGCGUGGCAUUAAGUCGAUAUGGUUCUGAACGACAAGUUCGAAUAAGAGCUCGAUCUCGAUUAUUCGUUGAUAAUGACAUCAUCGAUGGUCACAGUAAUAUAGCAUUGUCAGCUCGGGAUGCUAUCAUCUUUAAAUCUCGAAUAAUCCUCGAUCUAUUAGAAAUAACCCUUGGCGCAGCUUAUACUACUGAAUUUGUAGUGAAAAGUGGUACUUCGGUAACCGCUAAUCAAUUACGAAUUACGGGAAGUUGUAAAUAUCUUACUUUAAUUAUCGACGGUGAAUUAUCCUGUGAAGCAAUGAUUAUCGAUGCGAGAAUUCGGCAAGUUAAAAUGGUUGGUAGUGGGAUAUUGUGCUGUCGGAAAUCAUGUAAUGUAGGUGGUGAUUCGAUAAUUUUGACGACCCGCGAUAUCCGUUUCACCGAACUAAUGGCUUCAGCGGUAACGAUAGCUUCAGAUGGUGCACUUAGUUUGUCAUCAUUUGAUUCUAAACUUAGGACGGUGUCUAUUUAUGCAGAUAGUUGCCAUCUACAAGGAAGAAUAUUCGUUGAACAUAAAAUUGUUUUGAAAAUUAGCGAUGGUACAUGUCAUAUCAGCGGUGAGAUCCUUGGAACCUGCUCAAACAGUGAAUUAUCAGUGGAGUGCGGUGAUUUAGUAUUAACCGGAACAGUGGCAAACUUGGACUUCCUGGAAAGUUACACACGUACAAAGAUUGAACAUUGUGAAACAGGGAUAAUUAAAAGCGUGAAAAAUAUCGUUUUUGAAGCGGAAUUCAUUUCAUUAGACGGUAAAAUUGUGGAUUCAAAAUCUGUAAUUGCUACAGGCGAAGAAGUGAACAUUGAAGGAAUUUUUCAGAAUCAAGAAAGUAAAAUUGUUGCUUAUUCAAUAUUUGGUAAAAAAAUACUAUUGGACGGAGAGAUACGUGGUCCAGCACGAUUGGAAUUGAAUGGAUCAGAAGUUACUUUUGCCGGAAUUUCAAACUGUUUGAAAUUUCUUGAUAUUGAUGCAAAUUUAGCUGCUAUUACACCACGAGAAUUGAAAUGUGAAAAUUUCAGUUUUGUCGCUUAUUCCGCAAUUUUAGAUGGUAAUUUGAAUGUCGAAAAUUUCAGGGUAACUAUGCAGGUAGCCUUAUUUAUACGAACCGAUCUAACCGGUUGUGCACAGGGCAAACUUGUUGCUCCAUUAAUUCUUGUUUUGAAUUGCCCUUUGCCGUCUAAAAUGGAUAUUUGCUCGCUCAUUUAUACUUUUGAGCGAUUUGAAUCAUUGAAAUCCGAAAAGCUUCCCGAAUUGCUUAAUUUCAAACAACAAUUUGCUCCUAUAUCUAUCGAUAAUAAUACUAAAAACUCUCAACAACAAUUUCCCGAUAACAAUAGUUAUGCUAUAAGACGAAAUUUUAUUGAAAUUUCCUUCCAUUCUGGCAUUAUUAAUCAUUAUACUCUAAAAGAAUAUGAUUUAUGGCGAAAAACUACAAAAAUAAUCAAUGAAUGCUUUAAAAAUUCGCAUAUAACUUAUGAUGAACUUCAAGAAGCGCUAAAAAGAACGGAUCAAAUGAGAUCAAUUAGUGUUUCUCUUCCAAUCACAAGUCCUCUUUAUCUGAUACUUUUGAAACUUUUAAAUGAGAUGCAUAUUGAACAUAUACUAAUGCGCAAUUUUACUAAAUUAUUCCAUCUUAUGUGUAAUAUUGUUGAUAUUAAAGAUAACGACGAAAUGAAAUAUUCUGAAAUAUUUAUCGAAGAAGGAGAAAGGUUCGAAUCACAAGCACUGUACGAAAUAGUUAAUCGUUUCCGGACUCAAUCGUCUAAAUUUGAAUCACAACGAAGUGAAAUAAUUCAUUCGGCUGAGGAUGACAUUGGCUAUGUGAGUCGUAGUUCCAGUGAAGAAAUUGAUGAAAAGCGUCGAAAUAUCAAUGAUCCACGGAAUGUGCUUUAUCGCGUAAAUUUUGAUAAUGAAUCGCUUACGUCAAUGUCAAAAGUGACAAUUAGUGAUGAGGAUGAUUGCGUGGAUAAUGAUACAGUAACAGAUGACGAAUUACGAAAUCAAAAAGCUGAAAACAGCUGUAAUACAACGUAUGUUUUGAACGAUGAACGACGAAUACCAAUUAGUUAUAUUGAUUUCAAUCGAUUGGAUGUUGUUAUAACGAAACCAGAAUUAUUGACCCGACGACAAAUUCCUUCCGGUACUGAUUUAGCCUUCAAGAAGAUGCAGGUAAAAGCAGCUAUACCAGCGUUAGAAUUACAUUCAUUCGGUAGUGAAUCGUCGUUGGCAUCAUUUGAUGAAAAAGCGCUAAUGCAUUCCAUUCGUACGCCAGUGAAACGAUCACUUAUUCCACGUGUUGCUAUUCCGCCGAAAGGUAGUGGCGCCGCAAGGAAAUCACGCACCAUCAUUACUUAUAAUACGUAA